UCAUGAAUUCUGUUAUCUGAUCCACCGAAUUGUUUCAAUUCUGUUUCUGAUAUGUAUCUUCUUUUCAGAUUUAUUUAAUCUGUUUUCUCGAUUUGUUAUUUUGUAGAGAGAAAGUAAACGACAAUGAACCCUAACGAGGAGGAAGCCAAAAGAGCAAUUGAUAUCGCUGAGAGGAAACUUUCGGAGAACGAUUACAAUGGAGCGAAAAAGUCUGCUGUAAAGGCUCACGAGUUGUAUCCAAAGCUAGAUGGUUUGGAACAAGUGCUGAUGAUGAUUGAUGUUUACAUCUCUGCAUCAAACAAGAUCAACGGAGAAGCUGAUUGGUAUGGCAUACUCGGUGUUGAUCCUUUAGCUGAUGAUGAAGCGGUUAAGAAACAAUACAAGAAGUUGGCUCUUUUGCUUCAUCCGGACAAGAACAGGUUUAAUGGUGCUGAAGGCGCGUUUAAGCUUGUUUUACAAGCUUGGGAUUUGUUAUCUGACAAAGCUAAGAGAACUGCUUAUGAUCAAAAGAGGAAACCUAAACCUUUGAAACGGAAAAGGAGCAGAUCAAAGCGACACGGGUACGAGUUUGAUUCUUCAGAGUCUUCUGGCUCUGAGCCAGAGCCAGAGCCUAAACCUAAAUCUUCAAGGAAACCAAAGGAGAUCGUUACCUUUAGGACAAUGUGCAACAGAUGCAACACCCAAUGUGAGUUUGUGAGGUCUAGUAAUAACCUUAACCAGACCCGGACUUGUCCAAACUGCCGUCAAGAUUUCGUUGCGGCAGAGAUCAUUCCAGAGAUGGUCAAUGGGAUGCCAGUCUUCAGUUGUGCCAGUUUUCAAACAACAAGCACAAACACAAGUGAUGAUGCUUCUUCUUCUACAGCUUCAGCUUCUGGUAGCGCAAAUCAAGCACAAGAAAGAGAGUCGGGAGAAGAGAUUGUUCCUGCUACUGCUCCACCUGCUGGUAGAGGAAAUGCAAACGAAGCGUGUAGGCUUUUUCAAAAGAUGAUAAAAGAAAAUCCAAACUCGAGACUCGAAGCAUUGAGGCUUUUCAAGAACCUAUAUGGCAAAAAGUAAGACAAUAGGAGUACAACUCCAUAACUCUUAAGUUUUUUUCUAU